AUGCAUAAGUUGGCCACCAAGGUUCCAAAUAGGUUGUUGAGGGAUGAAGCUUUCAAGAAGGAAUUCAGUGCAUGCGUUUGGUCGGAUCUGCUUGAGCCUGACGAAUUUGAAGAGGGGUGGAAAAGAGUUGUGGAAAGUCAUGGGUUGGAAGUCAUUGACUGGUUUAACUCGUUGUACGAACACAGGCAUUUCUGGAUACCGGCGUAUUCUAGAGAUUUUCCACUGGGUUCGAUGAUUAGGACUACGUCCAUUUCUGAAUCGGAGAACAGUUUCUACAAAAGAAUUUUGAAGCCCCGUGCGAACAUAGCCGAGUUCUACUUGAAUUUCAACCAUGCUGUUGAGUUUCAGCGAAACAGUAGGACAGCUUUAGACUACCACGAUGCCACUGUUUUGCCCAUUUUGUCCACUACCUUGCCGUUCGAGAAACAUGCUUCGACGCUAUACACCGAUACAAUGUUCAAGAGAAUACAGGAAGAAAUCGUUGAGGGUAAUGAUAGAUGUCGCGUGCUAGGAUUUUCUUCGACUGAAUUUGUUGACACAUAUAAGCUCGGGGAUAGCAAUCGCAAAUCGUAUUUGGUGACUCUUGAUAGGAGUGAUGAUUCAUAUUAUUGCGAAUGCAAACUCUUCGGUAGGCAUGGAUAUUUGUGCAGUCAUAUUUUUUUCCUGUUUAGGAACAAUGAAUUGAAGAAAAUACCAGAUAAAUACUGCCAAAGCAGAUGGAUGAAGACUCCGCUAGCCAAGGAGGUCCAUGGGGAGUUUCAUGAUGCCUUUCCUACCAGGUCUGUUGUUGACGAUAGGCAAACAGUGUCAAAGCAAGGCAUUUCUAUGUUCUACGGUUUCCUCCGGCGAUUUGAGGGGGACAUUGAAUUGCUAAGGGCAUUUGUAGGCGGUGUGGAAGAACUUGGUAAUUCUAUACAAGCUGGGAAUCCGACAACGUCAGCAUCUGAAAAAAGGCGAAUGAUUGAAGAGUUUUAUGGUAUGGUGCGGCCUGAAGUGGUUGAGGUCUAUCCUCCAGAUGUUGUCAAGACCUAG